UGUGGCUUAAACAGGGCAGUCUACCUUUUGUGAAGCUUAUGUUGACGAUAUCAUCUGAUACAACAGUUCAUCCAACAAACGUGGAAUAUACGGGACAGCUAUCUACCAUCACAGUCAUGCGUCCCAGGUCCAGAUUACUGGCUAAACGGGGCCUCCCCACCAUCAGGGAGGGCUAUGAGGAGCUGGUACAGGACCUGAACCAGACCAACAGUCAGCACACCACCACACAGGACUACUUCCUCUCCAUCUGCCAUCUGGCCCGGCCUACCUUCCCUCUGCAUGAGCCCGACUGUGACAUCCUCUCCAUCGGCCCUUUGGAUUCCCCAAAGCCCUGCCUACGACUGCAACGCCUGCGCCAGCAUCUGCAGUCUCCACUGCCCCACACCUCCACGAGCAACGACCAGACAGUUGAACAAGUUAAUAAAGAGAAAGAGACCACCAGAUCUGCUCCAUCAGAACCACUGCAGGCCCAAGCCACCCCAGAGGAGGACAACGGAUGCAGAGAUGACGUCCCAAGCCCUGCAGAUCCGCUGGAGUACCUCUACAGCCACAGAGGUGCGAUAGCGCUCCCCACCAGAAGGGGGAGCAUUCCUCCGCGUCGGCCACGCAGCGACACCUACCCGUGCUGUUCCUCGCCAGUUGACGCCCCGCGCAAGAGCAGCUGCCCAGAGAUUUGCCUGGCCGAGACAGUCACUGCAGCGACGGUCCUGCAGCGGUCACCUCUCAGCAGGAAGAAGCUGGACGACGGGGGCCUGGCUGCGUGCAGCGGCAUUCCCAACAAGCUCGACAGCGCCCCUGCUGGCUGGAGGGGAAAGAGCAGUCGCUGCAUGGACAAACAGACCAUAGUGUCCCACUGGAUCGCAGAAUGCCGCAGCGCGUGGAAGGAAGCCCGCAUUCGCGCUUGCAUGCUGCCUGCCAUCGCCGAGAAGUAAUCUGCUUUUGCUAAAAUCUCUUUCCGGUGAGGCUAAACAUCACGUAGAGUAACGUGGAUUAUUUUGGAAUUAUGACUUUGCACUUCAGGUUUAUAUGCAUAUACAUUUUUGGUGUAUUUUUAAAACCGUAAUCCUAUAGAUGGUGCCAUGUCGAUACCACACCAUAGUGUAGAGUUACCAUGAAUGUCAAUGAUAAGACUGAGUCAGUCCAGUAAUGUCCAGUCGUGAUCAAUAAACGCAUUGAUUUUUGGAUGCCUUUAACAUUGUUUAGUGAGAUUUUUGCAGGUCUAAUAUACAAUUGCAAUUGCAGUUCUAAUAUACGCAACACUAGUGGUACAGAAAUGCAUAAUAUUCACAGAUAAGAAUCUCACUUUUUUGAGCACCCGGGUUUUAGCAAAUUCGCAUAUUAGGCAGCUACUGUGAUGCAGAAUGAAUAUGCCAAGCUUCCUUGAAAUAUUAUUGAACAUUUGAUGGCAUUUCAAAGAUUUUUGGGAAACAGGUUCAGCAAAAGAUCUGACUUGGAUUAGGGUACCUUUCUCUAUAAUAAAUAAAUAUUAUGUCCAACUCUAAUUUCUAUAUAGUCUCAAACCCUUCUUAGUUCACUUUAAUAUAUUGGUAUUUACACAACAAGCUAUGAUAAUUCCAUCUUCUGACAACAAAGGACAAAUGACAUGAGAUCGUGUUGAAAACAGCCAUUAUGUUUGUUUUCAGGCCCUUGUUUUGCAGUUUAAAAAUGGAACAUGGUGUGACAGCUGUAGAGUGAACUGAGUAGUCUGGUAAGAGGAUAAAUGAUUAAAUGUCCUGGUUAGGAAUCACCUUUGUUCAACAACAGAAAAUAAAAUGUAAAAUCUGACCUACAUAAUUUUGAUAUUCACAUGUACAGUAUGGCAAAAGGCCAAUGUAGAACUGCACUGUUAUCCUGUAAGACUGUUUGUACACACCCAGAAAAACUGGUUUUCUCUGCAUUGAUUUGGUGUUUCAGUAUUUUGAGAUUGUCUUACUGUUAAAGAGUAAUUGGUACGGUUGCAUGUGAAUUUGUAAAUUAUUUUGUAUUCAUGCAUAAUACAUUUCUUUGAAUUAUUAUUAUGGAUGUAAUGAUUUGAAAGAAGAAAAUCUGUAGUACAUUUUCAGCAACCUUGUACUUUCCCCCCCACUUUUUUAAAAUUAAUAAAAUGUCUGUUUUA